AUGGUUUCAACUACUGAAAAGCCAGAUGAGGCUACUCUGAACUCUAUAAGACAGAGACUGAUGGAAACGGGCGAUUGGGAUAGGAUACAGAAAUCGUUGAGGAAUCAAUUGGAAGAGAAUGGUUGGGUGGAUGAUUUGAAAGAUUUAGCAAAAGAGAAAGCUCGGGCUCAAGAGACACCGAAUUUAGAAGGGCUAAUAAAAGAGAUAAGCGAGACUGCACGAGGUAUGAUUAGUGAUAACACUCGAAGGGAUGUCGUUCAAGAAAUAGAAGCUGUUCUAGAUAGAGAAGUUGAUCAAGCUUAA